UUCUGAGGAAUGUGGGGCUUAUGUCAGUGAGAGUCAGGUACAGACUCACUAAUUACCACUGCCAUUCCUGCCUCCAUCUCUCCUUCCCUCCCCCUUUCUCUCUCUAGCUCUUUUCUUCAUCUGCGCCACCUUCAGCGCUCCCUCACUCUCCUCUCGCCUCCGCUACGAGACCUUGUGUGCCCCCCCCCCACACACACACACAAUUUUACCCGCCGCCCCUCCUCUCUCUUCUCUCGUCUCCUGCUGUUGCGUCUACAAGCGCUGUCGUGACUGGGGCAGAGGAGAGGACAAACAGAGAGGAUCUGAGUCAGAAUCCAAAAAACACCAAAAGGAGAACAGAAACUCUGACUUGUCCUCUCUGUCUCUCAGUGUGUGUGCAGUGUGUGCACUAGAUGCGUCUGCAAUAACUUCUGAUUGUGCUUUGGGGGACCUGUCAUUGAAGGCAGGAGGCGUCUUGACAGCGAACAAGAGGCAGCAGAGAACCUGACAGGCAGCACAAAGGCGGAGAGGAAGAGAAAGGGAAGAUGAGAAAGUGACAAGCUGGAUCCUUGCUUUUGAACGGCGGCACAAGAACCUACAGCGACACAGUGACUACACAUCCCAUCAUCCUACAGGCCCCACAUCUGAUUGGAUGGUUUUGUCAGUAUGACAGCCGAAGAUCCUGCUUCCUCCUCGACCAUGAGCAAUAACGCUACCCCCUCCAAACCCUCUGGUGCCUCCCACCACUCUCUUCAUGGACAGAUCAACAUCCCUGAGGGAGUUGCAGGUGCUCCCAAUGAGGCUGCACUGGUGACCCUGAUGGAGCGCACUGGCUACACUAUGGUCCAGGAAAACGGUCAGCGUAAAUAUGGCCCUCCUCCUGGUUGGAAUGGUGCAUCUCCACCACGGGGAUGUGAAAUCUUUGUGGGCAAGAUCCCCCGGGAUGUUUAUGAGGAUGAGCUGGUCCCAGUGUUUGAGUCCGUAGGACGCAUCUAUGAGAUGCGUCUGAUGAUGGACUUUGACGGGAAGAACCGAGGGUACGCAUUUGUAAUGUACACAGAGAAACAUGAAGCCAAGCGGGCUGUACGCGAGCUCAACAACUAUGAAGUGCGGCCCGGGCGGCUUUUGGGGGUCUGCUCCUCUGUGGACAACUGCCGUCUUUUCAUUGGUGGCAUCCCCAAGACCAAAAAGCGUGAGGAGAUCCUGGAGGAGGUCUCCAAGGUGACGGAAGGGGUACUUGACGUCAUAGUUUAUGCCAGUGCUGCAGACAAGAUGAAGAACCGAGGCUUUGCCUUUGUAGAGUAUGAGUCGCACCGUGCAGCUGCCAUGGCUCGCAGGAAGUUGAUGCCUGGACGCAUUCAGCUUUGGGGCCACCAAAUCGCAGUGGACUGGGCUGAGCCAGAAAUCGAUGUGGAUGAAGACGUUAUGGAGACAGUGAAGAUCCUCUACGUCAGGAAUCUUAUGAUGGAGACCAGUGAGGAGACGAUCAGACAGGUGUUCAGCCAGUGGAAUCCUGGAUCUGUUGAACGUGUGAAGAAAAUUCGUGACUACGCCUUCGUCCACUUUACCUCCCGGGACGAUGCCGUCUUAGCCAUGGACCACCUCAACGGCACAGAGGUGGAAGGGUCCUGCAUUGAGGUGACACUUGCCAAGCCAGUUGAUAAAGAGCAGUACUCGCGCCAGAAGGCCUCCAAGGGAUCUUCUGCCACUCCAGAGGCUACUCCACAGAGCUACGUUUACCAGUGCGAUCCCUACACAUUGGCCUACUAUGGUUAUCCCUACAACACCCUCAUUGGACCCAACAGGGAAUACUUUGUCAAAGGAUCCCCAAUGAUACAGAACAAUGCAGGUACUGUGCGAGGUCGUGGUCGUGCUGCUGCAGGUAACCGUACCCCUGGACCACGGGGGUCAUACCUGGGGGGUUACUCUGCGGGUCGUGGCAUCUACAGCCGCUACCAUGAGGGCAAAGCCAAGCAGCCCGAAAAGCCCUAUGAGCUGAUGCCCAGUCUGGAGCUCGCUGCCUCUGUCAACCCCGUUGGCAUCAAACCUGGCACAAUGGCAUUGCCGACUCUGGGUGGGCAGUACCCAGUGUUCAGCACGGCUCCUGCAGCCAAGCUGAUGGAGGAGGGGAAGGUGCACACGGUGGAGCACCUUAUCAACCCUCUGGCCAUGCAACACCCUGAACACACCAACGCUACGGCUGCUGCCGCUGUCCUACCUGCGGUCUCUACCCCUCCACCUUUUCAGGGCCGUCCAAUCACUCCUGUCUAUGCCAUGGCCCACAACGUACAGCGUAUCCAAGCAGCCGGUGGCCUGUAUGGAGCUGGGUACGUCCCCAUCACAAACUACACUGCCAACACAGCAGCUCUGGCUGCUCUGCAGAAGAAUGCAGUGGCUGCAGCAUAUGGGGGAUACACAGGCUAUGCAAUGCCACAGGCCUUCCCCGCCACAGCCUUCCAGCUGCCCAUCCACGAUGUCUACCAGACAUACUGAUUUGGAGGGUCAGACCACAUGAAACAACAACAAAGUUACCCUGCCUGUGACUGGACGAACAUCGCACAUACAGAAACAUCACUUGAACAUCCAAAAGCUGUAAAGGAAUGUUUGUUUGAAGAAAUAUUUAGAAAACAGACAGUGAAACUACACUGGCCUCAGUAUAUCCUGGACCCAAGGCACCCAUAUGACGGGCCUAAUUAUGCAGCAUCACUGUUUUCUGCAGAAAAUUUCACACAUUAAGUACAGUCCACUUACUGAAACUACCUGUAUGUGGUGGCAACACCCCCCCCCAACAACAAGCAUAACUCAUAAAACUAACUCCCGUCUCUCCGUCUGUGUCUCUGACCCCUGCCACCUUGUUGCUAUGGCAACAGAAACACUGAAGGUACAUUCAAGUAUUUAUAUAUAUGUAUUUAGAGAAUACAUAUUUAAAUUUUUAUUCUGUGUAGGUUUCUCUUAUUAUUAGGGUGGGAUCUAUUCUCUAAAGCAGGAAAGAAAGACCUUUACACUAUGUCUAAAAUAUUUUUAAACUGUAAAAACUUGGGGGUAAAAAGAAAGAAAGGUUAAUUGAAAGAAACAGGAACUACUGACAAGAGAGGAUACCACUGAAGAAAACUGUUUUUGAAUUUACUAAUGUUUUUUUAGAAUUUUUCUCCAUUAAUAUAUAGUAUUUUAGUCAAUUCUACAUGCUGUAGCUGAUGCUGUCCGUCCACGCUGGUUGAAUGUGUAUGCAUCAAACAUGCCUGUUUGGUACUUUUUAUUUGUGUUUUGGUAUUUUAAAAUGAAGGUUCUAUGUGUUUUGUUCAUUUGCCUAUAAUUAGUUUGCUUGUUUUUAGGUCUCCUCUUUUGCUUUUGGAAACACAUAUCUUGGUUUGUUUGAAGACGCGUUGCCAGCUAAAUAAUAUUGUGAGAUUGAUGGGGGAACAAAAAACAGACAAAGAAAACUGGAAAGCUUUUUCAAUGAUGUUCAACAUGGUUUUAUCUAUAAGCAUGAUAGACAGUGACAUCAUGUAUGUGGAGAUGUUUUCCAUCUUCAUAAACUGCGCUGACAGGGGACAAAGACUGAAUAGAUGUUAACUGUUUUUUCCUUAUCAUUUAUGUAUGUCUUUAUUAUGUUUUUGUUUUUUUUGACUCUUGAAAGGUGAACAAAUAUGGACAGAAAUGAGAGACAUUUUUCUAUAUGGACUGGAGCACUCUGUCACUUAAAGUGCUCUUGCAUUUGCCAAUGCUAACCAAAAAAUAUAAGGCUACAAACACUCCAGUCUCAUGAUAUUAGAAGGAUUCUCUGUGCCUGACUACAGUGCCUUACAUCUGCAGACUGUAUGUGUUAUCCUAUGCUUUUCACUGUGCCUUUCAUAACAAAGCAAAGCCCAUGUGGUUGGCACAAAGAGGAAAGACUCACAUCUGUGCGUAGCACUGGAGUUUUGUCCAUUUAUAUUUCCAAUAAGCCAAAUUUGUGGUAUUACUAUAUUGUGGUAAGACAAGUAGGUUUCAGUCUAUGCAGUCAGAUGUGACAAGGCAACCUUUCUUCUGUAGUGUCUUCUCUGAAUGCGCCUGCAGUAACACUCCGUAUGUCUGUCUCCUCUUUAUUUUUCGUCCUCUAAACUGUGCUUGACCGAGGUGCACUUAAAAUGUAUUUAUAAAAGGCAAGAGAAUGCGACGUUCAGAUGAAGAGAUAUUAAAUAACUGAGAUGAAUAAAUGUGUGAACUGGGCAAGUGUCUGUAAGAGUGUGGAUAAAGCAUAAAACAUAAAAUAACCCUGUUGAAUGUUUAGUAGGCACUUUUUAAACUCGGUAUACUGUAAUAUUGGACUGGGAAUAACUGGAGCAAUACCUCAUGCUCAAAUAUAAAAGUAGCCAUGCAUGUAUGUACUACAACACACAAACAUAACGGAUGCAAGACCAUCAUGAAGUCACACUCCACAACAGCCAUCUUUAUAUGAGAGCGUGCAAAACAUUUGUUUUUGUAAACCAGUAGUAUGGAAUUUUCCAAUCCACUUUUUCUUCCUCUCAGUGUUUAAAGGGGAUUUUAUUUGCUCAUUUUCCUUCAACUACUCAGAUUUUAGACUAAGUUUUACACAUAAAACAACACGCUAAGUUUGACUUAGCCUGGAUUUUGAGAUUGUGAACAAGAUCAUGACUUCGUUAAAAUUUUUGGUCCAAGAAGUUAAAUGAAAAUAUUGAUUAUCCACAGCUAACAAGAUAUAUUUCUUUAAGUCUCAUCUCAUUCCAUCAUCUACAUGUUUUGCUUCCCCUCUCCCCUCUGUAACUGGAAAACAAACUGCUGAUAACUGCUUUUUAUUUUCUUGUGUGAUGACAAUAAGUCAGGAUAUAUUUAAUAUAUGCAUUACGUGUGUUGUCUAUGAAGUGAGAAGAAAAGGUAUAAUAUAUUCUAAAACAUAUUUCUUUUCAUUAUUUACACCUUGUUUAGGGAUAAAAAGUCAGAGUAACAAAAGUAGAAAUAAUCUGGGUUUUAUGUGUCCACUAGUUUUUAAAAAUGCAAGGUUAUUGUUUUUGUUAUGUGUAAUAUUUUGCUUGCUGUUUUGAACUGGAUUUGGUGUUAUGAGUGGGAACACAAAGGCCUUCUCGUUCAACUACAUUUUUUAAAUCAGUUUCAACAACAAAGACCAAAACUGGAACGUUGUGUGUGUUUACAACCCAUUAGCACUUUGAGCUGUUGGUGUUGCAACGCCGAAUGUCAGUUUUGGCAAAACUGUUGAAGGUCUAAUCAGGAAUCAACAGCCGUCCAAACUUCAUUUGUUAGACGGCAGAAAACUUUGUCACUUUGGUUCUGCCUCCUGCUCAAAACACCUACUUUACUUUCUAUUGCCUGCAUUUCAACCACAUUACAGCAGUUGGAUGAAUGCCUCCUGCGGCUUGUGUCAGUGGUGUGGAGCUACGCAUGCCUAGUUUAACAUAGGUGUUACCAUUUAAACUCUUCCUAGUGUGUGCCUUAUUGCCAAAAUGUGCCCUUUGCUAUAACUUUGUAGACAUAUGCAGACUGUUUUCUAUCUGAAGGUUUGUUUAAAAAAAAGGUUGUUCGGUAUUGUUAUAUUUAUAGUGAUAAAGUAGACAAAUAAAGCAUUUUCAAAAGGA